AUGGAUAGCAGUUCGGACCAUGAGUUGGUAUAUGCAGAGAAUCUUCUCUUGCUUAUCGAUCACCUCUUAGAAGCAUGCAUAUACUUCUACUUUAUAGUGCUUUUUAAGCCUUACUGCCACGUUUAUAUUAUAUGUAUUAGCACAAAAGAGCUGCGAUAUGUCGUAUUCCACACAACGGCAGGCGGGGCGCCGCAAACGGCUCCCAUUGCCCGGUUUUUCCGCCUUCCCCGACCGCCUUCCCAGCUGCGCCAUCCCUCUACCUGUUCCGGCAUAGCGCCCGCAGCGUCGUUUCAGUUCAGGCUUAGCGCACCCUGGCCGCUUUUACCACCUCGACCUUCUGCCAUCCAUCUAUAA